ACCGAUCACUCCUUCGCCGUCUUCAAAUCGAAGGGGGGAGUCGGCGAGAACAGCGCGGAUGAAGGCCAUCGCCUUUCGCUCGAUCUGAAGCGCCCAAGCGUGUUCCUCUUUCUUGUUCUUCGUCGCUGAUUUCUACUGUGCUUAAUCUAGGUUUUCUUGUUCUGCGUCAUCCAUAAAAAUCCUAUCGUGGCGCUUUUCCGCCUUUCGUGCACUUUCUUUCUCUGACUUCUGCAAAAAAAAGCGUGUCUUGGAGGUUGAAUCGCCUUCGAUUUCGACGUCCUUUUCGUUUUCGACGUCUCCGUUUUCGCUUCUCUUCUGGUCAAGAAUAUUGCAUUUGAAUUAAUCUGAGGAAAGGCGAUGGCGAAAGCGAUCUAGACUUUUAGUGGUCAACAAAAGGAGCUCGGUUUCUUCUGUUUUGCUCAUUUUUUUAGCUGAUAACUAGCUUACGAAAAGUUUCAAACUUUGCUUAAUCAAAUCGGAGAAGUCGGCGUCAAUCUUAUGAUUCUUGGCUUUCUCCCGAUCUUGCAUAUUUUAUUCUUCUCUUGGUUUUGGUAUUAGUUUAUGUGUCUGUGGACUCCGUCUCCGUCCAGCUAAUCGAUUGAAUACCAUUAAAAUAUUUCAGAUUAGUUUCAAAAUUCUACCAACCAUUGCCUCCAAUCUCCUCCUCCUCCUUUCUCCAACUCCUUCCAUUGGAAAAGUCUGGGUUUUGAUCGAUUUCGGCAUGGGGGCGAGCAGAUUCUUGCAGCUUUUCCUCCUCCUUGGGCUCUGUGCUUGCGUGGUUCAAGGCCUGGGGGUGAACUGGGGGACCAUGGCGACUCACCCGCUGCCUCCCAAGACUGUGGUUCAGCUUCUCAAAGACAACAACAUCACCAGAGUCAAGCUCUUCGAUGCCAACUCCGACUCCAUGAGCGCCCUCGCCGGCACCAACAUCGAGGUCAUGGUAGCCAUCCCCAACAACAUGCUGAAGACCAUGAACGAUUACGGCGCGGCACGGGACUGGGUGAAGAGGAGCGUCACUCGAUACAAUUUCGAAGGAGGAGUAAACAUCAAGUAUGUGGCAGUUGGAAAUGAGCCAUUCCUUGAAUCUUACAAUGGCUCAUUCUUGAAUGUCACUUUCCCAGCCUUCAAGAACAUCCAAAAUGCCCUCAAUGAUGCCGGUGUCGGUGAUACCAUAAAGGCCACAAUUCCUCUCAACGCUGAUGUCUACAAUUCGCCCGCGAGCAACCCAGUUCCAUCAGCCGGAAGGUUUAGAACCGACAUAAAUGAUCUCAUGAUAGAAAUCGUCACGUUCAUGAACCAGACUGGGGCACCCUUCACCGUCAACAUCUAUCCUUUCUUGAGCCUGUAUUUGAAUGCAGAUUUUCCGGUGAACUAUGCUUUCUUCGAUGGCGGAAGCGAUCCUGUCAAUGACAAUGGAAUUCUCUACACCAAUGUGUUUGAUGCCAAUUUCGAUACUUUGGUCUCAGCUCUUGGGCGGGUCGGCUUGGGUAAUUUGCCGAUCAUCAUCGGUGAGGUAGGUUGGCCAACGGACGGAGAUAGAAAUGCGAACGCGGCCUAUGCUGAGAGGUUCUACAAUGGGCUUCUUCCACGCCUUGCGGCGAACCGAGGCACACCUCUUCGCCCAAGCCAAUACAUUGAGGUCUACUUGUUCAGCCUGAUCGAUGAGGAUUACAAGAGCAUUCAGCCAGGGAACUUUGAGCGGCACUGGGGGAUCCUCAAGUACGACGGGCAACCAAAAUUCAACAUUGAUCUCACAGGGCAAGGGCGAAGCAUCACGCUUGUGCCCGCGAGCGGGGUGUCUUACUUGCCGAGGAAGUGGUGUGUGUUCGACCCAAAUGGCGGUGGAAACAUAAGCACCCUCGGCGAUCAGAUUACAUUCGCGUGCACUUAUUCCGACUGCACCUCUCUUGGCUAUGGCUCUUCCUGCAAUGGCUUGGACACUAAUGGCAAUGCCUCCUAUGCCUUCAACAUGUACUACCAAGUGCAGAACCACCAGGACAUGAGCUGUGACUUUCAAGGUAUCGCGACUGAGACGACGCAGGAUCCGUCGACAUCGUCGCCGGCUUGUAACUUCACCAUCCAGAUCGAGCCUUAUUACUAUUCUACUGCUUCUUCCACUCCAAUUGUGCCAUUGCUUGCAGUAUUCAUCCAAGCAUUGCUUGCCCUUGUGUUGAUGUAGUUCUAUGGAUAUUUUUUCAAAUUUAAAUAGAUGGUAAACUGCAAUUUAAUUUAUAUGUACAAUUAAUUUAUGUGAAUAAGUGUUUCCUUUUUCUUC